UGAAAAAACAAACGUUGCAAAUAAUUUGGGACGGAGGGAGUAAAAUAAUGCAUGAUUAAUUUUGUUAAUUCUUCCUAUCCAAUGAUGGGUGUAUCUCACCCAUGACCGGUCAAAGAACAGAACCGAAUAGUUGACCGGUCAAAGAGGUUAAACUUGAAUAGAGGACUUGAAUCGUCAGCGAAGGGGAUAGAUGGUUGACCAAAAGGUGCAAGCCACCAAUGAGGGUACCAACAUCCCUGUGGCUGCUACCCUACCGGUCAUUUCAGCCCCAGUGUUGCCUUUGGGUCUGAGCUCUGUCCCAACUCCUAGCGUGAUCAGCCCAUUCACGACCCCUGUCCCUUCCGCUGGACCAAGGGUCACGUUCCCACCAAGCAUGACUCAGUUCAUGAAUGACCCAGCCAACCUACAGGCCAUCCAGGGCUUUGGCCAGGUCAUGGCCAUGUGGCAACAGAGCGGGGGGAUGCCUUUUCUCCCUGGUAUGUUCCCGUUGGCUCUUCCAGGCGCAGGAACCAUGCCCCUACAAGCUCCAAUGGCAGUGACGCCGUUCCAGACGCCGAUGCCGCAGCCAUCACCUUUCCAGCCGCAGCUGGUCAGCACCAUAGCCCCUGUCAACUUGACUGGCGCGCUUAACGCUGCAGGGCCGUCGCGUCCCCCGCAAGGUACGAAUCCGCAAGUCACCCCAGAUGGUCACUGCAUCUUAGUUGAGAGCGGAGACGGCGAGUGGGACAUUCCAAGGGCCCACAAGAAGAAGAAGGGAAAAACUAUCCGCCCAGCAACUUCCCGAAACUCCGCCUUCGAAAGGUUGGAGGACAGGGAAGAGUGCCAGAGAAAGUUGGCCAAACAGAGGCUGGGGCAGAGCGUUGCCCAUGUCAGCGCGUUCGCCCGGUUAGGCAAGUUAAAAAGCCCAAGAAUUGAACUCAAUAAUCCGCGCGGGUUGAGAUUGAAUGCAGUUGACCAAAGAGGUGUGCCUUUAGUGUGGUUCGUGAGGAUAGCUACAAAUGGGCCGACCCUCCAAUAUGCAAACGAGAUAAGAAGAUCAUCUUAUUGGGCUGCUAAAUAAGACCGAUGGAAAAGAAGAAGAGAUAAAGUGAUUAAACGAACAUAUCAAAGAGAAGAAAAUUGAGAACAUUGGAACUUUUGUGUUUGGUUUAGGAGUAGGAAUUGCCCUCAGCAUUGUAGUGUUUGUGUAACCAAGUUUAUGUUUUUGUAGUGAAGUAUGUAUUUUAAAACUUUCAUGUUUGGUUUAGGUGUUGGAAGUAAUGAUCUAUUUGAGAACAUGUGUUUUUAUAGCAAUUGAUUUUGUGCAAUCCUAGUAAACUUAUAAACCAACG